AUGGACCCCAUGUUCCAUUCCCGCGAAGCCAUCCAGGAGGGCGACAUUGUUAUCAUCUUCAUGUCGCGCGACAACAUGACGGCCAUUACCGUGACAAAGGGCCAGACGUUCCAUAACAAGUUUGGCAAGUAUGUCCACGACGAGAUGAUCGGGAUCAAGUUUGGAUCCAAGAUGCACUCGCCUCCACCGCAGAGCGGGUAUAUCCACCUGCUACGGCCCACGCCCGAGCUGUGGACGCUGUCGCUCCCGCACCGCACACAGAUCCUGUACAUGACCGACAUUGCAUACAUCGCCAUGCGGCUUGGUGUGCGCGUUGGCGGCAAAGUCAUCGAAGCGGGAACUGGAAGUGGGAGUAUGACGCACUCGUUGUCCCGCACUGUUGGGCAGCGGGGGAAGGUGCACUCGUUCGAGUACCACAAGUCACGUUUCGAGAAGGCUGGAGAGGAGUUUGUGGAGCACGGGAUGAAGAACAUUGAGCUGCAACAUCGCAACGUGUGCAAGGACGGGUUCGGUGACGUACGGGAUGCGGAAGCCAUCUUCCUCGACUUGCCAGCCCCAUGGGAGGCGAUUCCCCACGCACCCGAAGUGUUGAAUCCCAAUGUCAUCACCCGCAUUUGCUGCUUCAGCCCAUGUCUGGAACAGGUGCUGAAGACGGUGACCGCGCUUAGAGCCGAGGGUUUCUCUGACAUUUCCACCCAGGAGGUCCUCACGCGCACCUACGACCUCAUGAUGCCUCCACCACCCGGCUCGCACCACCUGAAGUCUGUGUCCUCCAUUACGCAGCGGUUGCGGUCACAUGAGAAGCGCAAGGAGGAGCGCCGCGUGAUCCAGAUGCGCAACGCACGCGAAAAGGUGCGCCUUGCCAAGGAGGCGGCCGAGGCGGAGGAGGCAGCGGCCGCCUCUGAAGCGGCCGCUGGAGAGGGUAUGAUGGUGGAUGGAGACGCGGUUGAGACGAGCGAGAAGCGCAAGCACCCAGAUCCCGAAGUGCCUGAGCCUGAGGCGAAGAAGUCGCGCCCCGAUGACCCCGAGUUCGCCCCUGAGAAGACUGCAGAGGACGAUCCCGAGGCGCUGUACGACGAGCCGAAGAUCGCGUGGUCGUCGAUGGUGCUCACCAAGCCGUCACAAGAGAUGAGGGGCCACACAUCAUACCUGACGUUUGCGACGCUUUACCCGGCAUCGAUCCGGACGCAAAUCAGCGCUCAAGUGGACACGACAGCGCUGCCAACUCGUGCGGCUACCCCGGCAGCGGCAGCGGCGGCGGUGGCCGAGUGA